UGUAUGUGCCGGCUGUUUCAAGUAUCAAAACAAACUUGGAUUUGUUGCUCUCUCUUUUGUAUCACAGCUAUUUUCUUUCUAGUAUUAAAUAAUCAAUUUGCAUCGUACGUCUGAACAAUCAAAGCGACAUGAGCCGUAGGAAAAGAGCAAAGGUAGAGUACAGAGAAAUGGAGGAAAAAUAUAAUCAGUUAGAUGAAGACAAUGUUUUGGAUACAUCAGAAAAAUCCAAGCCUACUCUUGUAACGCCAGAAAAGAAACCUUCUGUAGAUAUGAAAAAAGAAUCUGAAUCUACAGUAUCUGCUUCAGCUUCAAAAACUGAGAUAAAGGAAGAAGAAGAUCAAGAUAGCGAUCAUGAAGAUCCACAUGUGAAGGAAUUAUUAAACGGUUUGGAAGGUGCAGCUUUUCAAAGUCGUCUUCCAUUUGACAAAAUGACAUCUACUGAAGCAGCAUGUUUUCCUGAUGUCUCUGAAGGACCACCGCAAACGCAAAAAGUAUUCUUGCACAUUAGGAAUAGACUUUUACAAAUUUGGUUAGAAAAUCCGAAGCAACAGUUAAUCAUUGAAAAUGCAUUGCCACUAAUUGAGCCACCUUAUAAUAGUGAUCCAGUGCUUACUCGUAGAAUUCAUGCCUUUCUAGAACGACAUGGUUUCAUAAAUUUUGGUGUUUUUAAACGUCUUAAGCCUAUUCCUACAAAAAAGUUGGGCAAGGUUAUUGUAGUAGGAGCUGGUAUUGCUGGGCUAGCAGCAGCUCAACAAAUGCAACAAUUUGGUUUAGAAGUAGUAGUAUUGGAAGCUAGGGAUCGUGUUGGCGGGAGAAUUGCCACAUUUCGUAAAUCAAAUUAUAUAGCAGAUUUAGGGGCUAUGGUAGUAACAGGUUUAGGUGGAAAUCCUGUAACUACUCUUAGUAAGCAAAUUAAUAUGGAACUUCACAAAAUACGUCAAAAGUGUCCAUUGUACGAAAGUGAUGGGCAAACGGUUCCAAAAGAUAAAGAUGAAAUGGUUGAACGAGAGUUUAAUAGAUUACUAGAAGCUACCUCUUAUCUUUCACACCAAUUGGAUUUUAAUUAUAUAAAUAGCGGUGGUAAAGAUACGCGACCAGUGUCUUUGGGACAAGCAUUAGAAUGGGUAAUACGGUUGCAAGAGCAAGGUGUGAAACAACGUCAAAUUGCGCAUUUGCGUUCUGUGAUCUCCUUACAAACACGACUAAUUACUAAUCAACAUAGAAUGAUCUCUAUUAUGGAUCGUUUAACGGAAUUGAACAAACAGUAUAAGGAAGUGACUGAAAACAAAUCACAGAGUCGAGAUAUAACGCAAGAAUUCGUUCUUCGAUCUAAGUUACGCGAUCUCCAUAAUGCUUGCAAGGAAUGGGAUCAAUUGGCAGAUCAGCAGAAAGAGAUUGAGGCUAAACUACAAGAAUUAGAAGCAGCACCACCUAGUGACGUGUAUUUAUCAUCCAAGGAUAGGCAGAUAUUGGAUUGGCAUUUCGCAAACUUAGAGUUUGCCAAUGCUACACCUUUGUCUAACUUGAGUUUGAAGCACUGGGACCAAGACGACGAUUUUGAAUUCACUGGAAGUCAUCUGACCGUUCGCAACGGGUAUUCUUGCGUACCUGUUGCUCUUUCGGAAGGACUUGAUAUUCGAUUGAACUUAGCUGUCAGGUCCGUGCGAUAUUCGCAGCAGGGUGUAGAGGUAUGGGCCACGCCGCCCCGCAGUCCGCACUCGAAUCACAGCAUUUUCAAGGCGGACGCCGUUCUGAUCACGCUGCCGCUGGGCGUCCUCAAGCUCUCGCCGACCAACGGAGGAGUCAGCUUCCUCCCGCAACUUCCGGAAUGGAAGACUCAGGCCAUUGACCGACUCGGCUUCGGCAAUUUGAACAAAGUAGUACUAUGCUUCGAGCGCAUUUUCUGGGAUCCCACGGCCAAUUUGUUCGGCCACGUGGGAAGUACCACCGCGUCACGCGGCGAGCUCUUCUUGUUCUGGAACUUAUACAAGGCGCCUGUCCUGUUGGCCCUCGUCGCCGGCGAAGCGGCUGGCGUAAUGGAACAUGUCAGUGACGAUGUUAUCGUCGGCCGUUGCAUCGCCGUACUGAAAGGUAUUUUUGGCAAUCAAGUUGUACCACAGCCGCGCGAAAGCGUCGUAACGAGGUGGCGGGCGGAUCCCUGGGCACGAGGUUCUUACAGUUUCGUCGCAGUCGGCAGUUCCGGCAGCGAUUACGAUCUGCUUGCGGCACCCGUGUCACCUCCCGGUAUAAAGGGUCCGUCGCAGCCAAAAGUGUUUUUCGCAGGAGAACACACUAUACGAAAUUAUCCAGCCACUGUACAUGGGGCAUUCCUAAGCGGGCUUCGCGAGGGUGGACGCAUAGCCGAUCUGCUUUGCGGAGCUCCUUAUUCCACUGUACCAACGAGUUCAUCGGCAACAGGGAGCACAUCGGGAAAUACCGAGAGCACGAACGCGACUUAGUUUCAUUCACGACUAUUGUGUUUCUGUUUUUCUUUUAGAGAAAAAAAUUCGCGGGACAAUCAGUCGUCGAAAAGUUAUCGAGGAAUGUUGGAGCGGAACGAAAAGCCGAUGCGAAAGAACAGAGACAAACAAAAUACUUCGGUGAUUCGUGUAGACUAACGAAAUGAAUAAAUAUUCGUAUUCGUUAACGUGCUCAUUAUUAUUGUUGCAAUUUAUGUAUAUACAAAACAUGAACGUGAUCAAUAAUGUGUAAUUUAAUUUGUUAUGAUAGUGAAUGAGUUUGAUUAGAAGAAUUGACUGAAAGAAUAUUAAGUAAUUAUUUGUAACGCUCAAUUUUUCAUAGCACACUUGUGUACAUGUUUGACAUAUUUACGUAUAUACAUAUACUUAAGCAUAUAUGUAUAUAUAUGUAUAUAUAUGCUCAGCAUACACAAGUCAAAUAUUUCAUAUCUAUUAUCACGUAGACGUUUUACUUUAUACUGUAAUUAUUUUUAUCCGUAAGAAAACAUCUUUUCACCGCUUGUACUAAGUGAUUUUUUAUAUUCUUUCACAUACAUAGCUUUUAAUGCUCAUAAGUGUUUUUAAGAUUUUCCUAAUUCUUCCAUUAUUUCUUUCUCUUCAUAUGUAUACAUAAUUUAAGGUGGCUUAUACACUUUGUGGUAAGUCUGCUUAUGCGUUUUUAUAAUUGAAAAGUAUUAUUAUUUAUAAUAUCACAGUAUCUUGAUAUUGAAUAGACGAGAAGACGAUAUGCUCCCUCAUAAACUGCGUACAAAUAUGACGAGUUGUACAGACUAAAUUUAAUUCCGAUGAUUUGACAAAAGGUGUAGCGAAAAAGAGGUUUAUUUAUGUAAUAUUGUUAUCGUCACAUAUGCAUAUGCUGUUUAAAUCUAUUAAAGCUGAUAUAAAUAUAUCGAAAUUUCA